AUGGCCGCGGCGGCUGGAGGCAGUAGCAUCACCAAAUCCUUGAAAGCUCGCCUCCGUAGUGCCGAAGAAACCCUCUAUGGACUGUUCCUUGCCAGCUUCUCGCCGACCUUGACUGAGAUCGCCGGUCUCGCUGGCUAUGACUUCGUUGUCAUCGACCUGGCCGACGGCCACGGCGACAUCCCCAAUGCUCUCUCCUGUCUCCGCGCUCUGUCUUCAACCCAAACCCCUGCUACAAUCCGGCUUCCAGAGAACUCCGAGACGUGGGCCAAGAAGGCCCUUGACCUGGGUCCACAAGGCCUCAUCUUCCCCAUGGUCAACUACCCUGACCACGCCCGCGAUGCAGUCUCCUACUCUCACUACCCUCCCAAGGGAGUUCGUGGCGCAGCUUUCCCCGCCGUCCGAGCCUCCAACUACGGCUUCGAUCCUCAAUACUUAGCCAAAUGCGAGCAUGACUUGCUGGUCAUGUGUCAGGUUGAGUCUGUAGAUGCCCUUGACUACCUCAAUGACAUUGCUUCUGUAGAUGGGAUUGAUUGUAUCAUGCUCGGCCCUUUCCGUGAUAGCCCCGCCUUGAAUGACUCACUCAAGCAAAAGCUUCUGUUGGCUGAGCAAUCUUUGUUGGAGCUCAAGUCUGAGAGCGAGAAAGCCCCUUUUUUGGCUGCAUUCGCUAUGCCCCAUGAUCCUCCUCUUGAUCUUAAGAGGCGUGGUUAUGAUAUGAUUUGUACAGGUGUCGACGUCGCUCUGUUUAGAGAUGCUGCCCUUCGCAACAUCAACAUGUUCAAGAAGUAG